AUGGGUGCUGAUAAGGUCGCUGCCGAGCCAAAUGGUGGCGGUGUCCCCACCACCAGCAGUAGCAGCAGCAGCAAGCUUUUCUCCAUCCUCCUUGUGCUCCUCUCCAAGUUGGCCCUCAACACCAGCAUGCGCCCCUACAUGCUCCUUGCCUACCGCAACCUCAUUGGUGCCGCCGCCGUGGCGCCUCUCACCCUCAUCUUUGAGAGGGAUGUAACAAGGAAAAUGCCAAAUCUUGUUCAAUGGGGUUGGAUUUCCCUGAAUGCUACAUUUGGGAUUAUCCUUGCAAUGGGGCUGUACUACUACGGGCUGCACAGCACCAAUGCCACAUACUCUGUCAUCUUCCUGAAUCUGAUCCCCGUCAUGACCUCUCUCAUCGCCAUCACACUCCGGGUAGAGAACUUGAUCCUUACAAGUUGGUGUGGAAGGAUGAAGCUCUUAGGCAUCUUGACAUGUGUUGGGGGAAUGAUGAUGGUCAGACUGUACAAAGGCAAGCUGGUGCAUCAUCCUUGGCCUACCCACCUGCUGAAAUCACAGUUCCAUGCAGCGACAAGCCCUACCCAUCACCACAAUAUGGUUGCUGGCACAUUGUUCCUGUGCGGAAGCUGCCUUGGUUAUGCAUUUUGGUUCAUCAUACAGAUGCAUACUUGAUCAUGAGAAUCUAAGGUGUUCCCAUAUCGGUAUUGGGCGACAACACUUACAUGUCUGUCAGGAAGCCUGCAGGCAUUUGUGAUUGGCAUCCUGAUCGACUCGAAGAAAUCAGCAUGGACGCUCAAAUGGGACCUUCAACUUCUGACAGUUAUAUACUCGGGGGUGUUCACCACCAGUGUAGCAUUUAUGCUGAUGUCAUGGGCAGUCAAGCGCCGCGGCCCAAUCUACCCUCCCAUGUUCAACUCAUUGGCGAUGAUUGCCACAGUUGUUAUGGACUCGGUGUUGCUUGAUACCAAUAUCUUCUUGGGGAGCAUACUGGGGACGUUGCUCGUCAUCUUGGGGCUCUAUACAUUUCUGUUGGGGAAGGGGAAGGAGCUGCAGCACGCUGCGGCAGCGCAGAAGGCCAAUCAGAAGCAAUACACCUCAAAUGGAGAGCAGGGUGGACAUGAGUUGCAGUUGCGGCAUGGAGAUGAAAUAGCAUAG